AUGGAACCAGUAAAGGCUGGCCCUGGGCGGCCGUCAGUGUCUUGCACCGUAUGCAGAAAGCGCAAGCUUAAAUGCAACCGUCAGCACCCCUGCCGGAACUGCCUGAAAUCGCGAUCGAAAACCCCAGAGCGAGAUUGCAUCUACGAGGACGCGCCGCCUCUCCAUCUCGCCCGACCGCGACGGCGUCGGCCAUCCGUGACCCAACGACGACUGACACCCUCAUCCACUCCUGGCAUCAUUUCACCAGCCUCGGGGCAGGUCUCGUCCGACGAUGCAGAGGCAUUGAUAAUUGCUCGGAGCAGAGUGCAUAGCAAGGUUGCGUCGCAUCCGCCUGUUACCAUUUCAGACGCCUCUCAAUCAUGCGCGUCGACUUCUGCUCCCCAUUCGGUACGAGGGCCCAAAUCGCUAGCCAGUGAGGCUUCAGCACAACAGUCCGUCGAAAGCGCCUUCUUCGGCGACACCAUGGCCGCCGGCCGCGGCGUGACACACAAGUCCAGGUUCUUCGGCUCGAGCCACUGGCUCACCACUAUUAUGCUAUUUCGAGAUCUAGCCCAGACCGUUGCGACAGACCUAUCAGUCGAAAACUCCAAGGCGCUCACGACGAUGCGCAGAUGCAAGGCGCUGGCAAGAGAGAUCAAAACCCAGCGGGUACAAGUCUGGCCUGCGCCGCUCACGGCCGUCCUGCCUGCGAAAAACUUGUCCGACGAGUUGGUUGAUUCCUACCUCGACACUACCGAGACCUUGUAUCGAGUCUUACACAUUCCUUCUUUUCGAAGAGACUAUGACUCUCUCUGGCUACUUGGGCCGGAGACAGUACCUGACAGGGCCUUUCUGGUACAGCUCAAAUUAGUACUGGCCAUUGGCGCUACCACGUAUGACGACACAUUCUCGUUGCGUUCGUCGGCGAUGACCUGGGUGUACGAAGCCCAAACCUACCUAUCAGAACCCGGCACCAAGUCCCGCUUGGACCUGCAGUCUCUGCAGAUUAGUAUUCUGCUCUUGAUAGCGCAAGAGGCAGUGGGAAUUGAGGGCCAUGCGCUUUGGAUCGCAGCCGGUACUCUGGUGAGAACUGCGAUGCACAUGGGCCUGCAUAGGGAUACAGCGGACCAGUAUGCCGCAUCACGCCCAAGACUCGUGCAUGAAAUGUGCCUGCGACUUUGGGGCACUGUGUUGGAGCUGGCUCUGCAAUCCAGCUUUGUUGCUGGGAAGCCUCCGCUAGUGUCGCUCGAUGAUUUUGACGCACCCUGUCCUGGGAACUUUGACGACGAUCAAUUAAUGCCUGAAUUGAAGGGCCCCCUCCCAAAGCCCGACGAGCAAUUCACACAGACCACCAUUCCCAUUGCGCUAAGAAAAAUGUUUCCCCUUCGUUUGGCAGUGGCCAAGAUGCUCAACGAUACCAAUGCUCAAGCGACCUACGAGGAGACCCAAAACCUCGAUCAAGGGCUACGGGACAUGUACAAAGACGUGUUUCGAAGGCUCACGCGCGCCAAAUUGUUGUCUCCGGUGGCGGCACCGCGAUUCGAUACCAAUGCCCUAGACGUCAUUGUACACCGCUAUAUCUCGUCCCUGCAUGUUCCGUUUCUUGACAAAGUACAACAUGACACGACCUACGCAUUCUCUAGGCAGGCUACUGUCGAUGGGGCCCUGAGGAUCUGGCGCGCGACCAGCUCAUCCUGGCAAAGAGGCCCGCCUUCCAUGGGCGCAGGGCCCGUGAAUAGCUUUGCAUGUCCGUCCACGGUGGACAAGUUCUGCCGCUUCACACGGUGCGGUUCCGCAGCUGCGUUCUUUCGGUCCGCCGCUUUUCAUGCAAAUUUGACUGUGGCACUGGAGCUCAAGAUGCAGUUGCGAGAGCAAGAGAGCCUUGGCCCGGCCAUGUUGAGACCGGACCUCCUCUCCGUUUUGGAAGACGCCAAAUACUUUGCCUUGAAGUGUGUGGACGCAGGCGAGACAAAUGUGAAGGGCUAUCUGUUUAUUUGCUUGAUCACCGCACAGAUCCAUAGCCUACAACAUGGUCUGGACCAAGAGGAAGUUCGACAUGCCAUACUCAAAGCCGUGGAAGAUGCCUUGGAUGUCUGUUUGCAUAAGCUCGAGCAGAUGCGAAAGAUUGGGCCCAACCGGAAGGUGCCAAAUUACAGCGUUGAUAGCACGUACGCAACAGCACUGGCAACUCCAGUUGAGAUGAUGAAAAGCUACGACGCGCAGAUGUACGACGUGAUGUUUCAGUCCUCUAAUGAAGCAAUGGACUUGAUGAACUGGAUGAUUACGGAUGAGGGAACGCUGGACGGGCCGUUUUGGGUCGGCGGGAUGGGUCCUAGGUAG